CGCAACGGCAGCAUUGACUGGCCUGUUGCGACCAACUAGUGGCAAACCGCCGUACACUCUCCUCCUCGCGAAAAAAUAAAAAUAGGGGAGCAUCACCACGCCUCCCCGUAUUUCCCACGCUCAACGGCCGCAACAAACCUCCUCAUCAACACUUCUUUACUCCUCUUCACGAUACUUCCCGUCACGCGCUUUCGACUCAAUCCGAUAUUGCAGGGGACUUUUUUUUUCGCACCCCCCCCCCCCGGCUACUCACCACACACCCCCCCUCCCCACUCGCGGCGCGCGCGCUGAGUCGCCACCCUACUUCACUCUACCUACGGCUACGAUGACUCGGUCGGCGCCGGGAAACCGUUUUCGUGUGCGAAAACUCAGCAACAAACAGAGUCUUGCGGUUCUCCGAGAGAACCAAAUAGACUCUGUAGACGAUGAUGGACAGAGGAACAUCCCUCAGAUAGAGACUGGUGUUGAACGACAAGAGGAGACCGAACACCAUCUCCAAGCUGCGAUCUCGGCACAUCAAGCUGCGGCUGUUGGCUCCAAAGACCCCAAGAAAGUCCUGAUCCCGACACCCAAUACAACCGAACUGUCUGCGGAGCGCUAUGGCAAACUGUAUCCCAAGCGAUUCCAGAAGCCGUGGGGCAACAUUCGGUCGUCGGCGACGGUCGAGGACUGCUGCGGUACACAGUACUGCAUGUCCGAGACGGACGACCAAUACCUCGCGAAGCUCAACGAGUCGAGAGCACCCGGCCUUCCGCCCGUCACCGAGGAUCAAUUCGAGACCAUCAUGGACCUGUAUGAGAGUGCGAUCCAGCAGACUCAGCCGUAUCUCUCCAUGGAUGUCACGAACAUCAUUCCGUUCGAGGAGCUGGAACAUGCUUUUGAGGAGACACUGGAUACCGCUCUGAAGCUUGUGGCCAAACACAUUUACACGUACUGGAGAGAGCAGAAGGUCAAUCGGAGUGGACGCACCAUAAUUCCUUCCCUCAAGUUCGAGCAAGGAGAGAAAGACGAUGGUGACCCGUAUGUCUGCUUCAGACGCCGCGAGGUCCGCCUACCGCGAAAGACGAGGAGGACGGACGCUUCGAGCACCGAUAAACUCAAGAAGAUCAGACAGGAGUUCGAGACUGCGCGAGGGCUGGUCAGAGACGUCUUGCAGAGAGAGAUCAUGCGUCGCACGACUUUCGUCUUGGAGAAGCAGAUCUUUGAACAGCGCCGAACUGCUAUCGAUCUCAAGCGGAAGCUCAACAUCAAGGACACGGAUGAAGACCUCAUAAAUAAGUUGGGCCCCAAACGGCAAAGAACGGAGCCCCAAGCACCCCCCACCCUCCGGAUACCCAUUCGACAAGACGGGAAGCCGCCAGAUGCCGAUCUGCGGCAACUAACCACACAGCGGGCGGAGGAGGAGAAAAAGAGGCUGGAGAAGUAUGGUUCGAUGCGAAAAUCGUUGCGUGCGAUAGUCAAGUAUAACGUAUCGGAUGUGACAUUGGGCGCCUUGUAUAAGUCGCCCGAUCCGACGCUGAAACCUCCGUCGAGUUUUUUUUGCAGCGUGCAGACCCACUAUAUUCCUAGUCCUCCCCAUUCCGCCGAGUCUACGCCUAUCUCACCGGAGUCCGACGCUGGUUCUUCGGUGGGAAGGAUGGUCUCAAUUAUUCAGGCCUCUCCACGGAAGCCACCGCCACGAAAUCUACCAAGAUACCGUCGCCGGGUCGGUCGUGGUGGACGUAUUCUCGUUGACCGAAUAGGAUGUACCGGUAUCGCCAAAGAAAACGCCGAUCCUCUGGUCCUUGACCGUAUGAAGUACGACAACUAUGACAGUGACGAGGACGAAGACGUAACGUUCACAGUUGACCCGUUUAAUGAUGCAUCCAUCAAGUUCCGCGCUCAGAUGAUGUCUCCCCCGCCGGAGCCCGUGGCGCAGACUCCCAAUGCCAUGCGCCGGCAGAUGAUGGUUACCAACGGUCACCAUCCUGGCACGCCCCAUCAUCCGAUGAUGACGCCCAAUGGAACGCCCACGAUGCAAGUAAACGGCAUGUCAGUGCCAGCUUUCCCGACUCCGCGCCGUUAG